AUGCUGGCGAAAGCCGGCAAGGAUCUCCAAGGUCGGCACCGGGAAAAGAUUAAGGAUUGGAGAGCAUCACCGGCAGACAAGAAAGACGCGAGCAGCAUCAGCAUGGUAAGGGUACAGACAGCAGAUCAACUAGGCUUCUCCACUGGUUCUGCUAGCACCGACAGUGCCCUCCGCUUCCUGUCAUCCUCCAGCGUCGGCCAGAACGCUGCCGAAGGAGCGAACGUUGCAACCGCUGGAGAUGGUGGCCAUAAUGCUGCCAGAGGAGCAAAGGUCGCCACAGGAGGGAUGGGCGGUGCACAGCUGGCAGCCAUCGCUGGCAUCGGCCAGAACGUUGCCGAAGGAGCGAACGUUGCAGCUGCUAGAGAUGGUGGCCAGAAUGCUGCCGGAGGAGCAAAGGUCGCAAUAGGAGGGGUGGGCGGUGCACAGCCGGCAGACAUCGCUGGCGUCGACCAUAACACUGCUGCUGGAAGGAGUCCUCCCGCCGCUGGAGAUGGUGGCCAGAAUGCUACUAGAGGAGCAAAGGUCGCCACAGGAGGGGUGGGCGGUGCGCAGCCGGCAGCCAUCACUGGAGGCAGCGGACUAUAG